AUCGCCAACGACAAAAAUUGCAACGAAAGGAUCAAUAGACCAAACCGGAUCCCGACGAGAUAUUUCCAGCGAAGAUAUAUUGGAUUCCUUGAUACAAAGCGUGCACCAUGUCAGACAUUGAAGAUGAAAUGGACGUGGAUACCGCUCCCCUCAACAAUACUAUCCAAUUCAGCUCGGACAAUACGAACAAGGGCAAGAGAAGCGCGGCGAAUUUGCCAGUAGAAGCCGAGGAUACUCUGCCUUGGGUGGAAAAAUACAGACCCGACACUCUCGACGAUGUUUCAGGACACAAGGAUAUUCUUGCAACAAUUAAUCGUUUCGUGGACACAAACAAACUCCCUCAUCUUCUGCUCUACGGCCCGCCAGGUACAGGAAAAACAUCAACAAUUCUCGCACUUGCAAGACGAAUCUAUGGCAAUCGCAACAUGAAGCAGAUGGUGUUGGAGCUUAAUGCCAGUGACGAUCGAGGCAUUGAUGUGGUGAGAGAACAAAUCAAGACAUUUGCCAGCACAAAACAAAUCUUCAGCGCGGCACCCAAAGACGGCGCGCAGUCACUUGGUGCAUACAAGCUCAUUAUUCUCGACGAGGCCGACGCCAUGACCGCCACCGCGCAAAUGGCUCUGCGCCGCAUCAUGGAGCGAUACACCGCCAAUACCCGUUUCUGUAUUAUAGCCAACUACACGCACAAACUGUCUCCCGCGCUUCUUUCGCGAUGCACACGGUUCCGAUUCAGUCCGCUCAAAGAGCCAGAUAUCAAACGACUCGUCGACUUGGUUAUUGAAAAGGAAGAAGUCAAUAUCACUGCCGAUGCAGUGGACGACUUGGUGCGCCUGAGCAAGGGAGACAUGCGCCGUUCGUUGAACGUCCUGCAGGCUUGCCAUGCGAGUAGCACACCUCUUCGCCCCCCAAAAUCCGCAUCGGAUAAAGAAACAUCCACUUCCGAGCCGAUCCAGCGCGACCUCAUCACCUCGCAAACCAUCUACGACUGCAUUGCCGCGCCGCAUCCAUCUGACAUUCAAACCAUUCUCACCACGCUCCUGACCACGCCUGACGUCAUCUCGUGUCUAUCAACAAUCAAUACGCUCAAAGCGACAAAAGGUCUAGCUUUGGCGGAUAUAUUGACCGCCCUGUCAGACGAGCUGGGCGGCGCGAAUGGCGCAAAGGGCGCCCUGGACGUCCCGCCCCAAACCCGCGUGGCGUGGCUCGAGGGCCUUUCGGAAAUCGAGUGGCGACUGAGCGGCGGUGGCGCGGAGACUGUGCAGACAGGUGGUCUAGUUGGUGCGGUGAGGAGUGGUGUCGAAUUGAUGGAAAAUGGGAAGUAGGUUUACCAUGACUCUGACUCUAACUCUGCCUCUGAGCCGAUGUUCAAGGGAAGAGUCAGAUAUGGAACCGUGAAGUAAGGAAAAGAAAGAGAGCGUGGAUAAGGGGGACAUGGGAAUGUAAUGAGGUACGGACGUGGUUCUAAAAUCUAGCAUCUACGGCGCAGAAAGGCGUUUAGCUGUGUGUAAAUAUCCUUUGAAUGUUUCUAUUAAGAGAAAUUUCACUUUGCAUCAUGUUUAUCAUAUCUCAGUUGAGG